GUAAUAUUAAAUUAGUUAUAUAGGCUCGGCUCUCCCCACAAGCACAUAAAUAAUUUUCAAUGGUCUUGGCUUCCCCUCUUUCCCCGUUUAUGUAAAAUCGUUGUUCCUAUGUGAGAGGACGGCGAAAACGAGAGAUACAAGUGUCAGGUCCUCCAUUGAGAGAGAGAGAGAGAGAGUGGUCCUGAUUCCUGAACCUCACCUUUUCCCUUAAAUAACAAGUCUCAAUUUCCCUGCUUUCCUCUCUUCACUCGCCGGAAAUGCAAGAAGCAGCAGCCUUGGGAAUGAUGGGUGGAGAACUGUCGGACCACCACCACCGUCAAGUGAAGGCGGAGAUAGCCACCCACCCACUUUACGACCAGCUUCUCGCUGCACACGUCUCAUGCCUCCGCGUCGCCACACCCAUCGAUCAGUUACCACUCAUCGACGCUCAGUUAUCGCAGUCCCACCAUCUCCUACGCUCCUACGCCUCCCUCCAUUCCCACUCCCUCUCUCCUCAUGACCGACAACAACUUGACAACUUCAUGACACAAUAUUUGAUUGUCUUGUGUUCCUUCAAAGAACAGCUUCAGCAACAUGUCAGAGUGCAUGCCGUGGAGGCUGUCAUGGCCUGCCGUGACAUUGAAAGUACCUUCCAAGCUCUGACAGGAGUGAGUUUGGGAGAAGGAACAGGUGCAACAAUGUCAGAUGAUGAAGAUGAUUUUCAGAUGGAUGGAUCUUUAGAUCAGUGUAGCGCUGAUGGGCAGGACAUGAUGGGAUUUGGUCCAUUACUUCCUACUGAAUCUGAAAGGUCACUCAUGGAAAGAGUUCGUCAGGAACUUAAGAUUGAACUCAAACAGGGUUUUAAGUCAAGAAUUGAAGAUGUUAGGGAGGAAAUAUUAAGAAAACGAAGAGCUGGGAAAUUACCAGGUGACACAACAUCGGUUUUAAAGGCCUGGUGGCAACAACAUGCUAAGUGGCCCUACCCAACUGAAGAUGACAAGGCAAAACUUGUGGAGGAGACAGGGUUGCAGCUGAAGCAAAUCAAUAACUGGUUCAUCAACCAAAGGAAACGCAACUGGCAUAGCAACUCUCAAUCGGUCACCUCUUUGAAGUCCAAGCGCAAGAGAGAGUAUUCCCACUAAGGAUUCCAGUCUGGUGCAGAAGAUUUAUAAUAGAUGGUGCCCUAUUACACAAAAAAGCUUUAAAAAGUGUUGCUUGUAAAUUCUUGGAUUGUAUAACGGAUCGAUACAUACUUUUCUUCUUGUUGUGCAUGGUUGCCUUCAUUUCUGUCCAGUGUUUUUCAAUUGUAAAUUGUUUGCUUUGAUUUGAAUGGCUGAAGAAAAAGUGUUAAUAUUAUUUUAUGUUGUUAAAAGUGUAUCCUAUACUUGAUAUGUUUCCAUAUACUAAUAUGAAAUUGUGUUGUACUUGAUAUCA